UGCGGAGGCGCCGGUCGCGAGCACGCGAGGUCAAGGGCCGGACGGCCGCCGGAGGGCACAGCGCUCCCGGUGCGGGGAGGGACCCGCCACCCGCGAUCCCCCACGCGGGGACAGCAAUGCGGUGCACCCAGAGGUCCCCGUAGCCUCGGAUCUGCGGCGGUGAUGGAUGAGCCGUGGUGGGAAGGGCGCGUCGCCUCGGACGUCCACUGCACCCUACGCGAAAAGGAACUGAAGCUGCCUACCUUCCGCGCCCACUCCCCGCUCCUGAAGAGCCGUCGGUUCUUUGUAGACAUUCUGACCCUGCUGAGCAGACACUGCCAUCUGUGCCCCUCAGCCCGGCACCUGGCCAUCUACCUGCUGGACCACUUCAUGGACCAAUACAACAUCACCACCUCCAAGCAGCUGUAUACUGUGGCCGUCUCCUGCCUCCUGCUGGCAAGUAAGUUUGAGGACAGGGAAGACCGUGUGCCCAAAUUGGAGCAGAUAAACAGUACGAGGAUCCUGAGCAGCCAAAACUUUUCCCUCACCAAGAAGGAGCUGCUGGCCACAGAACUUCUGCUCCUGGAGGCUUUCAGCUGGGACCUCUGCCUGCCCACACCUGCCCACUUUCUGGACUACUACCUCUUGGCCUCCAUCAGCCAGAAGGACCACCACUGCCACACCUGGCCCACCACCUGCCUCCGAAAGACCAAAGAGUGCCUGAAGGAGUAUGCCCACUACUUCCUGGAAGUCACCCUGCAAGAUCAUAUCUUUUACAAAUUCCAGCCUUCUGUGGUCGCUGCAGCCUGUGUGGGGGCCUCCAGGAUCUGCCUUCAGCUUUCUCCCUACUGGACCAGAGACUUGCAGAGGGUCUCCAGCUACUCCCUGGAGCAUCUCAGCACAUGUAUCGAAAUCCUGCUGGUAGCAUAUGACAAUGUCCUCAAGGAUGCAGUUACAGUCAAGAGCCAGGCACUGGCCAUGGUGCCUGGCACAUCACCAGCUCCCACCCAAGUGCUGUUCCAGCCGCCCGCCUACCCUGCGCUCAGCCAACCACCGCCAACACUAGCCCAGUUCCAGAGUCCAGCGCAGGACUUGUGCUUGGCUUAUCGGGACUCAUUACAGGCCCAUCGCUCAGGAACCCUGCUCUCAGGAGACACUGGUCCAUCCCUCCACACCCCAUACCCAACCCUCCAACCCUUGGAUAUGUGUCCUGUGCCCGUCCCUGCAUCCCUUAGCAUGCAGAUGGCCAUUGCAGCUGAACCCAGGCACUGUCUUACAGCCACCUAUGGAAGCAGCUACUUCAGCGGGAGCCAUAUGUUCCCCACAGGUUGUUUUGACAGCUAGGCCACAUUUGGACCACAUGGAGAACUCUGGAAGACCCAGACUGAAGAAGUGAGCACCUAAGAGGGAGAGUUCAGCCAGGUGAGGGAAAGAACCUGGUACCCUUCAAUAGUGAGGGUCUGUGUGCUUUAAACAAACAAACAAACAACCCAGAGCAAACAUCCAGGGACAUACCUCACCCAACAGCAUCUCUCUGGGAACCUCUUCCACGAGUGCCUGGAGGACAAAGACAUGACUCUGUGGCCAUUCACUCCCUUGAGCUGGGGGAUCCAAUGGAGCACAUCAGGCCUGAUGAGAGGCUUGGACAUUGAGGCCUGCAUAGACAUCAGUAGCACAUCUGGACUUUUCAAAGACUACUUUUCACAGCUAUGCCAGUGAAAAAGAAGGGGCAGUUGGGUGGUGGAGGCGCACGCCUUUCAUCGAAGCGCUCGGGAGGCAGAGGCAGGCGGAUCUCUGUGAGUUCGAGGCCAGCCUGGUCUACAGAGCAAGUUCCAGGACAGCCAAGGUUACACAGGGAAACCCUGUCUGGAAAAAAACAAACAAAAGCAAAGAAAGAAAGAAGUGGCACCUGGCAUGUCCUCUGUGUCUCUAGAAGAUCCUUCCUGAGUGUGUUUCUCGCCUUAGCUCCACACCAAGGGCCCCUUUACCCCGUGUUUAUGCCUGAGCACUGGCCCCUGGAGGCACAGUGGCUAUCUUGCCCUUUCGUUUUUGAACCCAAAACCUUUUUUGUCCUUCUCAAGAUUUCACAUGCUGCUGCUGCUUCCCGGAACAAUCUAGCUUUCUAUCCCACAAAAAAACAAAACAAAACAAAAAACAACAACAACAAAAAAAAACCCAUCUUGUUUACAUACUGUGUCAGGGAUUUUGUGAUACUUGAAAAUUCCGUAGGAGAAAAAAGUUUGAAUUGCCACACUGUCUGUCCCAUGUUGAGGCUGUAUCUUUUACGAACCCAGCUUGUGAGCAACUGGUUGGUGGGUAAGAACAGCAGGGAGAGAGAGCACCUCCCAGGCUCCUGGCUCUGGAGUCCGCCCCUGGGAUGCUAGGCUUCACCUGUUGAACUUGGAUCACUGCCCCCUGGCGGGGGGCUGUUGUGGAAAGGAAGACAAAGGUUUGAACAGGUCGGUCCUCACUUCCCUCCACCACACACAGGCUUGUAGUGCUAAGGGUGAACUGCCCCCAGCUUUGUUUGAGUUUGGCCAAUAGUAAAGGGUAAUAAUACUGUGGAAUAUUUGAGAAGUGGGGGGUGGGGGGGACGAACAUGGUCUAUGACACCAGCAUUGACAGGCAAGGGAUUGCUGGAGCAAAAGCCAGUGUCUGGGGAUCUGCAGUGGGAGGGCUCAGGAAGACUGUCACCAUGUGCAAUAUGUUAGGACUGACUCAUACAUAGCCUGUGCUUAGGAUGUGCUUGUGGUUGGUUUUGUUUUGUGUCAGGGGACAUGCUGUUCACCCAUCAGAAUUGGGAGGGAGGUGCAAAAGACCACAAAAACAAAUUGUAGUUUUGUUUUUGAAAAGAUUGUGUCUAGGUUUUUUUUCUUCUUUCUUUGGUAGCGGGGGCUGGGGGCGGUUCCUUUAAUUUCGAGGCAGGUCUAAUGUAGCUAAGGCUAGCCUCAAACCUAGUACAUAGCCAAGGCUGUCCUUGAACUCCUGAUCCUCGUGCUUCAGCCUCCCCUGUAUGCCACCACACCUCGCCUCCCAUCUUGGUUCUCUCUGACUCGCUUGCCAAUCCAAGAGACCAUAGCAGGGAUGGCCAGGGAGGCGGCCACAGGCUGCUGAGUCGGAUGCGACAGUGAUGGGACUUUUCUGAGCAGUUGAACUUCUCACGGAAAGUGAAUAAGGAAAGAGCUGGAUGCAGAUGAGGCGCUGCCAUUUUGUCAGUUAGCAUAGGAACCUGCACAUUGGUUUGUUAGUUUUGGUGUUUUUGGCUCCCACCCCUCCACCCCCAUUACCAGUCUCUUUGUAUUUAUGUGCAACUGGUUUGGAGUUAUUGUAUCUGUCUGUUCUGGGCUGGGGCUUGUGAGAAACAUCUCCACUGGGGCCCCAGAGCUAGCCUGAUUCCCAGGACCAGGUGUCCUGCAAUAAAUACAUCACCUGCUCUUGGUCUCUUCCUUCUUUGUCCAGACAUCUCUUUGCAGGCCAGCCCUUCCCCUCCUCUCUCUAGCCCACCUCCGUGGGAGUCUUCCCUGGAUGAGAUGUUAGAGAGAUCAAGGGAUUUAUGAGUUUUCUCAUUGCUGUGACAAAAUGACCCAGUAGAACAACCUAAAGGGGAAAAAAAUGUUUGUUUCUGCUCCUGGUUUGAGAAUGCAGUCCACUGUGGCAGGGAAGCCAUGGUGGGCAAGAACAGCUGUGAUGGCCAUGGCAGGAGUAUGAGGCUGCUUGCUCACAUCUCCAUGAAUCAAGAGCAAAGAUGGGACAGGAAGUAGAGCCAGGCUGUCAACAUCAAGACUGGGUCCCUAGGAAUCUACUUCCACUAGCUAGGUCCCAACUCCAAAAGGUUCCACAACCUCCCAAGACAAUGCCACCAGCUGAGGACCAAAUGUUCCAGUAAGUGAGCCUGUGAGGGACAUUUUACAAUAUUGGAUACAUCAGCAGCAACACCAGCUGCUCUGGACCUGAGCCUUUCCCUCUAAGCAGGAACUGGGCUUCCCUGGGCAAAGGAGUAUGUUGUUGGUUGUUUUUACUCUUUACUCUUUGAGGGGCACACCACCCAGCUCCCAAAUAAAUCACACAGAGAGGCUUAUUGUUUCCUAUAAAGAAUAAGUGUGGCCUUAGUUUGGCUUAUUUCUAGCCAGCUUUUC